GGAUGUGACGUCACACAGUCUUCAUGCCCUCACAAACAUGGCCGCGCACAGGAGCGUCGGUGUUGGAAGGAGUUUAUCUGUACUUUUAACGAGAUCGUAUCCUGUAUGCAGUUAUCAUGGGACAGGGCUCACCAGGCCACCCCUUCACAGCGUGAACAGACGUCCCAUUCCACAACAAACAGCCGCUGUGUUUAUCAGAAACAUGUUUAUUCAGACCCAAGACACUCCUAACCCACACAGCCUGAAGUUUCUUCCUGGUCGCGUGGUGCUGGAAUCAGGGACUAUGGACUUUCCUGGACCGAGAGAUGCUUACUGUUCACCCCUGGCAAGGCAGUUGUUCAGAAUAGAUGGAGUCAAGAGUGUCUUCUUCGGCCCUGACUUCAUAACCAUUACUAAGGCUGAUGGUCAGACAGAGUGGAAAGUGAUCAAACCGGACGUCUUCGCCACCAUCAUGGACUUCUUCACCUCCGGACUUCCUGUUGUCAAUGAGGCAGAUGCUCCACGUGCUGACACGGCUCCUUCUGAGGAUGACGAUGAGGUGGUGGCCAUGAUUAAAGAGCUGCUGGACACACGCAUAAGGCCCACGGUGCAGGAGGAUGGAGGUGACGUGUUGUACCGGGGGUUCGAGGAUGGCAUUGUAAAGCUGAAGCUGCAGGGUUCCUGCACCAGCUGUCCCAGCUCCAUCAUCACGCUGAAGAGCGGCAUCCAGAACAUGCUGCAGUUCUACGUUCCCGAGGUGGAAGGAGUCGAGCAGGUGAAGGAAGAGGAUGUGGAUGUCGAAAAGGAAGUCCAGUGACAUGAGUUUCGGUUGACUUCAUCCUUCCUUUCUAAUAAAUGACCUAGCACCCUUCCUUCCCAUCAGUGUCCAAUCAUGUAGUUUAGCAGAGACUACUCCGUUACACAGCAGUAAGGAAAAUGGACAAAUCUGUGUCUCACACUCCUUUAAACACGUAUGUGUUAGCUACAGACACUGAUAUUAAAUCAAGUGUGCAGCAAAUGUUUUUUAGGCUACACUUUUGUAUAGACAGUGUUUGGUUGGUGCUGUAACAGGUUUGGGCUCGGUCGCAAAUAAUAUUUUAUAGAUUAUCACUCAUUGCACUGGAUAAAAUAAAAGGCAGAAUUUCAUGCAUUUUUGAAUAAGUUAUAUGCAAUAGGCAUUUUCCAAGACGCAUGUAAAUAUUAGCUUAAGAAAUCGAUUGGUUUCAUGCUUGAUGUAAUUUUAGGAAUCCUGUUUGCUUCAUGGGUCAUUGUACAUAAAAAAAUAAAAGUUGUAUCACCAGCAGAGGACGCUACAGAACUACACAAACAGCCACAAUAAAAUCACUGCUCAUUCAGA